GUGGGAUUUUGAGUUUCUAAUGGAAUUAUGGUGAAUGAUAUUAGGGAUUUGGGAGAUGUAGAAUUGUUUCUGUUAAUGAUGUUCUGGAAAUCUGAUUUGAAAUCCAUUGAUUUUGGGAUUUUCUUUUGUGUGAUUGAACGGGGUGAGGGCAGAACCAUAGUAUGCUAGGAGUUUUGGGUUGAGGUUCCCUUUUGAUUUUCUUUAUGAUCACGCACAUAAGGACUGUUAGGUAGCAUGCUUGUUAGGUUUUGUGUCUUGUUUGAUGAGAAACAACUUUAAUCACUUAUUUUGGAACAUAAAACGGACUGGUCAUUUUCCUGGUAUGAACCGUGACUUUCGAAGCCUUUUAGAGCCUGUUUAGAGUGCUCGAAUAAUGUUGCGUUGAACUGAGAAAGUGUAGGCCUUUGAAAGAGCUUUCUGGAAUGAUAUGGUACAUAAUUUUUGGUUGAGAGACGAGGUAAUUAGGAGGAGUAGUCUAUAGCCUUUAUUUCGAGUUGGAGUCCUUGCUCUGAUACGUAGCACUCGGGGGGGAAAUGGACGCUUGUUUUCCUUCUGUUAUAAUUUGAAUUAAGUUGUUAUUUGAGAAGUUGUUUCUGUUUUAAGUUGUGGGCAAGAUACUAUGUUUUCUUUAAGUUUUAAAGACACUGGAUUCGCUGCAUAACUAUUUGUCAAAGUGAACUAGUUCAAAGACUAAUUAACUGUCACAAGAGCAUUUAAGUUUAUUUAUGAGUUCAUCUCAAAGUUUAUGUGCUAUGUAUCUGUUACAGGAGCAUUAUGAUAAUGUUUUAAGUGAUUAUGUAAUGCCCCAUGAGUGUUAGAAUUUUUAUCACUCUGAUAUUUGCAAUACAUAUACCGUUUAGAAUUGGGGUGUUACAUUAGUGGUAUCAGAGCAAUGGUUGGUCAGUGACCAAGUUUUUAGUAUAAUAUAUAUUCUAAUACUUACUGAUACUCGAUAUGUGUAAGUAGCACUAUCGAACUGUUGUUUGAUAAGAGUUGUUGGCUGUUUGGAGAUUCAGGAAAAUGGUUGCCGGAAGGAAUGAUGAAGCUAUCGCUGAGGCAUUGGCAAUGUUGGUUGGCGCCAUUGGGCAAGGUCAGCAAGCGAACCUUGGGAACCAUAAUCAGGAUGAAUUCCGUGCUUUGGGAAAGUUUCAGAGGAACAAUCCGCCAACCUUUGAAGGAGCAUACGACCCUGACAAAGCACAGGCAUGGCUGAAAGCAAUUGAGAAGAUCUUUCGAGUCAUGAAUUGUACUGACGCGCAAAAGGUGCAGUUUGGCACCCAUAUGCUUGAGAAAGAAGCUGAAGAUUGGUGGGACAACACUGUUCAGAGGUUUGAAGGUGAUGGGAUGGAGAUUACUUGGGAUCUUUUCAAGGGUGCAUUUCUGGAGAAGUACUAUCCAGAAGAUGUGCGUGGAAAGAAGGAAAUUGAGUUUCUUGAACUCAAGCAGGGUAAUGGAACCGUGGCGGAGUAUGCUACAAAGUUUGAGGAAUUGAUUAAGUUUUGUCCCCACUACAAUACUGCCGAAGCUGAGAGAUCUAAGUGUAACAAGUUUGUGAAUGGUUUGAGACCUGAGAUCAAGAAGGUUGUGGGAUAUCAACAGAUUAUCCGAUUUUCUGACCUGGUUAACAGGAGUAGGAUAUAUGAUGAGGAUAGCAGGGAAAGUGCUGCUCACUACAAGUCUUUGAAAGAGAAGAAAGAAAAGGGGCAAUUCAGAGGGAAACCGUAUGGGAAUCCUGUUGAUAACGGUAAACAAGAAGCUGGUAAUGACAAGAAGCCGAGUGGGGGAGGAGCUCCUAAUCCGGUUAGGUGCUACAAGUGUGGUGUUGAAGGACAUCGUUCUCCUGAAUGUCUCAAUUCAGAAGCAACAUGAUUUAAGUGUGGCAAGCUGGGCCACAAAUCCUUUGAGUGCCUAGAAGGUAAAACUGUGGCAUGCUACAGAUGUGGAGAGCAAGGUCACAUCAGUACUAAUUGUGACAAACCCAAGAAGGAUCCUGCAAGGGGGAAGGUGUUUGCUUUAUCUGGUGCUGAGACUACUGCUGAGGAUAGACUAAUUCGAAGUAAUUAGGAGGAGUAGUCUAUAGCCUUUAUUUCGAGUUGGAGUCCUUGCUCUGAUACGUAGCACUCGGGGGGGAAAUGGACGCUUGUUUUCCUUCUGUUAUAAUUUGAAUUAAGUUGUUAUUUGAGAAGUUGUUUCUGUUUUAAGUUGUGGGCAAGAUACUAUGUUUUCUUUAAGUUUUAAAGACACUGGAUUCGCUGCAUAACUAUUUGUCAAAGUGAACUAGUUCAAAGACUAAUUAACUGUCACAAGAGCAUUUAAGUUUAUUUAUGAGUUCAUCUCAAAGUUUAUGUGCUAUGUAUCUGUUACAGGAGCAUUAUGAUAAUGUUUUAAGUGAUUAUGUAAUGCCCCAUGAGUGUUAGAAUU